AUGAUGCAGGCGCUGACCGCGGCCGACAACAUGUUUGCGGACGGCCGGGAGGAUGCGCAGAGCGCCGUCAUGGUGAUCUCGGACGGCAAGUGGACGAACGCGUACCGCACGGGCAUGAAGGCCACGGCCAUGAAGGACAAGGGGAUCCAGAUCUUCAUGGCCCCCAUCUGGCGGAUUGCCGAUCACACGACCGACCAACUGAAGGUACUCCGGGGAUGGGCGAGCCAGCCGUGGGAGACCAACUACGAGCGCAUCCCGGGCCUGGACACGCUGAUAAACAACGAGCCGGAGUUCGCGCAGAGGCUGCUAGUGAAGUUCUGCCCUCGGGCCUUCUCGCCAUCGCAGAGGGAGGAGGAAGAGGAGCAGGAGGGCUACCUGCUCAUCCACGAGGAGGGGUACCCCAGUGCCGAGUGCGGCGUCGACACGUUUGUGGGCCGCGUCGACAGCCCCGACGCCUGCAUGGAGGCCGUGAAGGAGAAGGGCCUCCUGGCCUUCUCGUACUACACGGGCAGCCGCGGCGGCCCCUCGUGCUACGCGAGCACCUUCGAGGUCACGGCGGACGUCUGGGCCGCGGCCAUGUCCGAGCGCGCGAACGUGACCUGCGGCAGCGGGAGAUGGAUCAACGACCUGUACAGCUCCACGUACAUAAUGAAUCCGAGCAUGUUUGGCGACAUCUUUGAGGACGUGUCCUGA